AGACAUGCGCAAUUGGAGCCUUUGUACAAAUCUGAUUCUGAAGGCUUCUAGAACCGGUCGACCCGCACUACCGCAUAACCUGUGAACGUCGCAAGUCUAGAUUUACCGUUAAAAGUUGUAUUUUUCCAGAUUAUUUCAGCAAAAAUGCCAGUCCCAGCUCUCAACAAACCAGCCCCCGAAUUCAAGGGUACCGCCGUUGUGAACGGCCAGUUCAAGGAGAUCUCCCUUUCGGACUACAAAGGCCAAUACGUCGUCCUCUUUUUCUACCCGUUGGACUUCACCUUCGUGUGUCCCACCGAAAUCAUCGCGUUCUCUGACCGCGCCGAGGAAUUCAAGAAAAUCAAAACUGCCGUGAUCGCAGCGAGUACCGACUCUCAGUUCAGUCACUUGGCCUGGGUGAACACUCCAAGGAAACAGGGCGGUUUGGGUGAAAUGAGCAUUCCCCUAUUGGCUGACAAGUCGCAGAAGAUCGCUAAGGAUUACGGAGUUUUAGACGAAGAGAGCGGCAUUCCGUUCAGAGGGCUGUUCAUCAUCGACGGAAAGGGUCUGCUUCGCCAAGUCACCAUUAACGAUUUGCCGGUUGGACGUUCCGUGGACGAGACUCUUAGAUUGGUCCAGGCAUUCCAAUUCACUGAUGAACAUGGUGAAGUUUGUCCAGCUGGCUGGAAACCAGGACAGAAGACCAUGAAACCAGACCCAACUGGAAGCAAGGAUUAUUUUAAUGCCGCCAAUUAAAGCGGUAACUGUUAUUAGGUGCCCUGGUCUGAUUUAUCCUAGAUUAAACAAAUUCAGCAAUAGGUCCCUUCAAUAAUGCACAAGCAAGUCUUCUGAUUAAGUUAUUUUUUAUUAUUACAUUGUAGUGUUAUGUUUGUACUAUUUCCUUGCCUUUGUGAUAAACCGUAUCCCAAAUUGAUUAACUCGUCAAUAAAUAUACACUUUAUAUUUA